AUGACGAAUAUCAAAGGAAAUUUAUCCGAAUUAACACCUGGCUUAUAUGAAAAAGAAUAUGAUAAGAGGCAAUUUUACCAAGAAUCAAACACAGUUACAAAGAAGAAACAUAUGAUAAUUUUUUCUCUUAACGAAGUACAAAGAAAUCAUAAGCCUUACUCGGAAGAUCUUCUUUUCUAA